AGCCGAGCCAGCUCCUCCUUCUCCUCCUCCUCGGAAAUGGCUCUUGAAGUUAAAUGACGGUGGAUAAAACACAUAAAUGAAGCAGAAGCUGCUCUUCGUGUGUUAGGGCUAUAUCACACCGCAAGCAGUGCUGAUCAGCCAGAUUUGGUAACUUGUCAUAAUGAAGAAAAUUAGUCUCAAAACAAUUCGCAAGUCCUUUAACUUAAAUAAAAGUAAAGAUGAAAGUGACUUUGUAGUAGUUCAGCAGCCAUCAUUAAGUGAAUUUGGAAAAGAUGACUCCUUGUUUGGCAGCUGCUAUGGUAAGGAUUUGGCUAGCUGUGAAGUCAAUAGUGAAGAUGAAAAAGGAGGCAAAAAUAGAUCAAAAAGUGAAAGUUUAAUGGGUACAUUAAAAAGGAGGCUUUCAGCAAAACAAAAGCAGAAAGGCAAAGGCAGCACACCAUCUGUAAGCUCUGCAGAUGAUGACACAUUUUCUUCCUCAUCUGCUCCAAUAACCUUCAAAGAUGUGCGAGCUCAAAGACCUCUGAGAUCCACUUCCCUCCGUAAUCACCAUUACAGCCCAACUCCUUGGCCUCUUCGACCUACAAAUUCAGAAGAGACUUGCAUCAAAAUGGAAGUGAAAGUCAAGGCCUUGGUCCAUUCCUCUAAUCCAAGCCCAGCACUGAAUGGUGUUCGAAAGGACUUCCAUGACUUGCAGUCAGAAAAUGUGUUCCAGGAACAAACCAAUGCAUUAAAAAAUACGGAAUCUCAGAACGGGGACUUGCAUCUUCAUAUUGAUGAACAUGUGCCUGUAGUUAUUGGAUUAAUGCCUCAGGACUACAUUCAGUAUACUGUGCCUUUAGAUGAGGGAAUGUAUCCUUUGGAAGGAUCACGUAGUUACUGCCUGGAUAGUUCCUCACCCAUGGAAGUUUCGACUGUUUCUUCUCAAGUGGGGGGAAGUGCUUUCCAUGAAGAUGAGAGCCAAGUGGAUCAGGAUGUAGUCGUUGCACCGGAUAUCUUUGUGGACCAGACGGUGAAUGGUUUGUUGAUUGGUACCACAGGAGUCAUGUUGCAAAGCCCAAGAGUUAAUCAUAGCGAUGUCCCUCCACUCUCACCUUUGCUACCUCCAAUGCAGAAUAAUCAAAUCCAAAGGAACUUCAAUGGAUUAAAUGGCACAGAUGCCCACGUGGCUGAAAGUAUGCGCUGCCAUUUGAAUUUUGAUCCUAACACUGCCCCAGGAGUUGGAAGAGUUUAUGACUCUGUACAGAAUAGUGGACCUAUGGUUGUGACAAGCCUCACAGAAGAACUGAAAAAACUUGCAAAACAAGGAUGGUACUGGGGCCCCAUUACACGCUGGGAGGCAGAGGGAAAAUUAGCUAAUGUGCCUGAUGGCUCGUUUCUCGUUCGAGAUAGUUCUGAUGAUCGUUAUCUUUUAAGUUUGAGUUUUCGUUCCCAUGGAAAAACUCUUCACACUAGAAUUGAACACUCAAAUGGUAGGUUUAGUUUUUAUGAACAGCCAGAUGUGGAGGGACAUACGUCUAUAGUUGACUUAAUUGAACAUUCAAUCAGGGACUCUGAAAACGGAGCUUUCUGCUAUUCAAGAUCCCGGCUGCCUGGAUCUGCGACUUACCCAGUGAGACUGACAAAUCCAGUAUCCCGGUUUAUGCAGGUGCGCUCUUUACAGUACCUGUGUCGUUUUGUAAUACGUCAGUACACCAGAAUAGACCUGAUUCAAAAACUGCCUUUGCCAAACAAAAUGAAGGAUUAUUUACAGGAAAAGCACUACUGAAAGCUUACGGGAAUCUUGCAUCUUGCACUUUGGGAACAACAACAACAAAAAGAGAUUGAAUUACAGUUUACAGACUUUCAUUAUUAUCAAAAUCUUUUGCUGCCAUAAAAAUAUUUCAUUUUUGUCUGUAAAAGAAAAGUAACCCAUUUGGAUUUAUGUUUGUUUCGGGGGUUUUGUGUAUUUUGGGAGGCUUUUUUUUCUUGUUUUAUUUUGUUGGAAAGAAUGAUCUCAAGUUUAUUUUUAGAAGUGUGAAAUAGCUAUCUUUCAUCAAUGUGCAGAUUAAUCACAAUGUGAAUGAUCAAAUUCUCCUUAAUUUCCCCCAAGUCCUUUGCUGCUAUCCACUGUGAUUUUUAUGCAUUGAAAGCACAUUUCAUGUGUAUUCAACGAUAAGUAAAAGUCAAAUGAAACUUGUUGAAUGGAUUUUUUUUUCCUUUAAAACAACCUCUGGAAAAAAUGAACAUGGAUAAAGAACAUACUGGUAUUCUAAAUUACUGAUUUUACAUCUAAGUUAAAAACUGCUUCCUAGUGUCGUAAUUAGACAUCUCUGUAGAGAUAUGCCCCAGUGUAUAGACAAAGCUGUGUGAUGAGAACAUGCUUAUGCAGCAUAUCUUUGGGAAAAAAAAAGCCUUCCUCCUAAGCCUUGUACUGUCUGCACACUCUUGAGUUUGAGAAGGUUGGUUCAGCCUUCUUCUCGUCUCAGUGUUUUGUCCUCCGAAAAUGGCCUUUAAAUAACAGUCUAUGAAAGUUAAUGUACCUAGAAGGAAAUUUUGGUAUUGGGGUCUUGUAAAAUAUUACCUUUUAUAAUCAUGCCAUCAGUUA